GACACAGAGAGCGAGCUCCUGUGUACAGUCUGUGAUCAACAUAGAGGCGUCAGUAUUUUUACCCACUGAAGAGCCCCCAAACACCAUCAAACAUAGAAUAAGUGACGUAACUAAAAUAAAGGCGUCUAACUCUUAGUCAAGAGGGCAUAAAAGAGAAUGAAUUUCGUAAAAUGGCCAUUCGGACAGGGAACGGGGACACAACACUCGGGUGUUGAGACGAUCCAGAAACUUUGUGAUCGCGUUGCCUCCGCAACACUGUUAGAGGACCGUAGAGAUGCUGUCCGGGCCCUGAAAUCUUUGUCCAAGAAAUACCGCCUGGAAGUCGGUUCACAGGCCUUGGAGCACCUUAUUCGCAUUCUCCAAACAGAUAGUGCGGACUCUGAAAUCCUUGGAUAUGCUCUGGACACGAUAUACAACAUCAUCUGUAGUGAUGAGGAAGAAGAGCAAGAUGAAUCAGAAGAUGCGGCCCCCCCUGUUUCAGGGAAGAAUAGGAAUGUUCCUGAGGACAUGCAGAAGCAGGAGGAUGACGUUGGAGCCCAGUUCACAGAGAAGUUCCUUCAGGACCCAGAAAACAUCACACUGCUCCUCACAAUGCUGGAGGAGUUUGACUUCCAUGUUCGAUGGCCAGCUGUGAAACUCCUCACUGCCUUGCUGAAAAAUCAGUGUGCUCAGGUUCAGGGCAUCAUUCUUGUUAGUCCAAUGGGUGUUUCCAGGCUGAUGGACUUGCUGGCUGAUUCCAGAGAGGUCAUUCGUAAUGAUGGUCUGCUGUUGUUACAACAGCUCACUAAAAGCAAUGCUGCCAUUCAGAAGAUUGUAGCAUUUGAAAAUGCGUUUGAGAGACUACUAGACAUCAUCACAGAGGAGGGCAGCAGUGAUGGAGGUAUUGUUGUGGAAGACUGUCUGUUGCUCCUGCUGAAUCUUCUGAAGAACAACAGCUCCAACCAGAACUUUUUUAAGGAGGGCUCUUACAUACAGAGAAUGAAGCCCUGGUUUGAGGUGGGAGAUGAUAAUGCUGGGUGGUCAGCCCAAAAGGUCACCAAUCUCCACUACAUGCUGCAGCUGGUGCGAGUGCUUGUGUCUCCGGUGAACUCUCCCGGUGCGGCGGCCAGCUGCCAGAAGGCCAUGUUCCAGUGCGGCCUCCUGCAGCAGCUCUGCACCAUCCUCAUGGCCACUGGCGUCCCGGCAGACAUCCUCACAGAGACUAUUAACACUGUGUCUGAGGUCAUCCGUGGGUCGCAGGUUAACCAGGACUACUUUGCAUCCGUCAACGCUCCCUCCAAUCCCCCUAGGCCGGCUAUCGUGGUGCUGCUGAUGUCCAUGGUGAAUGAGAGGCAGCCCUUUGUGCUGCGCUGCGCUGUGCUCUACUGCUUCCAGUGUUUCCUCUAUAAGAACCAGAAGGGCCAGGGUGAAAUUGUGGCCACACUUCUUCCUUCUACCAUUGAUGCUAACUCCAUUUCAGCAGGACAGCUGUUGUGUGGAGGGCUGUUCUCUGCAGACUCGUUGUCCAACUGGUGUGCUGCGGUGGCUCUGGCCCACGCCCUCCAGGACAACCUCACCCAGAAGGAGCAGCUGCUGCGGGUGCAGCUGGCCACCAGCCUGGGCAAACCCCCCGUCUCCCUCCUGCAGCAGUGUACCAACAUCCUCUCUCAGGGUGAUAAGAUCAGCCGGCGGACCAAGUCUGAAAAGGGUAGUAAGGUGCAGACUCGAGUUGGCCUCUUGAUGCUUCUCUGCACGUGGAUCAACAACUGUCCCAUUGCAGUCACACACUUCCUGCACAACCAAGAGAAUGUGCCUUUUCUGACGGCUCAGAUCUCAGAGAACUUGGGGGAGGACGAGCGGCUGGUACAGGGCCUGUGUGCCCUUCUGCUGGGCAUAUGCAUCUACUACAACGACAACUCGCUGGAGAACUACACCAAAGAUAAGCUGAAGCAGCUGAUUGAGAAGCGCAUUGGGAAGGAGAACUUUGUGGAGAAGCUGGGCUUCAUCACCAAGCAUGAACUAUACUCUCGCGCGGGCCAGAAGCCCCAACCCAUUUUCUCCACACCUGAGCACAUGCUCUUCGAUCAUGAGUUCACCAAACUGGUCAAAGAGCUGGAAGGUAUGAUAACUAAAGCUGUACAUAAAUCCAGUGAAGAGGAGAAAAAAGAGGAAGAAGUAAAGAAGACUCUGGAGCAGCACGACAGCAUAGUUACUCAGUAUAAGGAACUGAUCCGAGAACAGGAUGCCCAAAUCAAUGAGUUGAAGGUGCAAGUAGCCAACAUGACGUCCCAAAGUGAGCAGAUGCAGUCUACCAUGACACAGCAGCUCACGCAGAUCCAGCAGCACAAAGACCAAUACAACAUCCUCAAGCUUAAACUCGGUAAAACUGGUGAUCAGUCGUCCUCCCAGGUGGACGGUGCUCAUGUGAACGGCCUCCAGUCGGAGGAGCUGAGUCAGCUCAGGGAGGAGCUGGAGGAGCUUCGGAGACAACACGCCCAGCAGCAGACGCAGCUCGCUGAACAGGACACACUCAUCGCCAGCCUGAAAUCCGAGGCAGCCCCUUCAACACAGGCAGCAGAGGGCCCAUCAGACAAUGCGGAACUCAUAAAGGAACUGGAGGCAUUGCGGGCCCAGGUUGCAAGUCAGGCAGCAGACAUCAAUCAGCUCCAGACAGAGAGACAAGAGCUACUCAGACGGGUGGAGACUGUGCAGUCAUCGCCAGCCAGUGCGGACAGUGGAGUGGACACGGCUAAAGUAGCAGAACUGGAAAAGCAAUUGUCAGCUCAGAGUACAGAUACACAGAAACUACAGGAGGAGGUGAAGGGCCUGAAGGCCAGCAGAGCCAGCAUGGAGGGGGACCUGGCCUCCGCCACCAGCACAGCAGCCAUUCUGCAGGCAGAGGUAGGCAAGCUGCAGCAGGAGGUGCAGGAGUCCAAGAAGGAGCAGGACGACCUACUGAUGCUGCUCGCUGACCAGGACCAGAAGAUCCUCACGCUCAAGCAGAAGCUCAAGGAUCUGGGAGAGACGAUUGAGGAUGAAGAUGACCUGGACUCCAAGGACCAAUCUGAAGAUGAUGAUGAUGAAGAGGAGGAGGAGGAUGAUGAGUAGAUGACUCCCUUAGAUAAGACCUAUUAUUAGGUGAACUGUUUAAGGCAUUUCUGCACCACCCCCACUCUCUUUAGGAAGAGACAGUUUUGAACCUCGGGACUUGACCUCUAGUGUCUUCACCCACAACCAUGUUCCUGUCUGUUAAGAUCCCUUUUGGGGUUUGGGGCAGUUUCAUUCCCACCAAGACUGAAAGUAGUGUUCCGCAUCAAACCAUGAAAUGCAUUCGGACUACCAACACAAUCUUGAGGGAGUGGAAUUGGAAAUCAAAGUGGCAACUAACUACUUUUGUGUGUGACUGAGUGUGAAUGGAUGAUUUUGUUUAAUGUCAUUCAUUACAAGUAACCUGUAAUAAAUUGAAUAAAUAUGCCAAGAUAAACGGUCUGUUUUAUGCUGUUGAAGAUCAACACCAAUGCCAAUCAGUAUACAGUACAUGAAGUGAUGAUGACACUACUCAGUACUCAUGUUUUUUUAAUUUAUUUUAAUCAUAGCGUUUCUGUUCAUUUUCCUUUAGUUAUUAGGACUACAAUGGGAAUUUGUAUGUUUUGCAGCUGGUGUUAAGAUAUGAAUAGAGCAUUGGCACCUGACAUGACCUCAUUUCUGCCUGGAUGGUUAAUGAUGUUGUGUGGUGCAGUGCAGUGCAGUGUAGAGUAGAGUAAAGAAGGUCAAUGCAGGCGUGAUGCAGACAUGUAAACACCAGGUAACACCAGAGUCACACCUCACACUUGCCUUUUAAGACACUCUUCAUAAUAGACAAAAUUAAACUAACACUCCUAAAUGCAGUCCUGUAAAAUGAUUGUGUUUUGGAAUGAGGUAGAAUUAAAAUCUGUACCUAACUUUUGUAACUCAUUUUUUCAUCCUAACACUCACAUUUGAAUAAUGAACAUUUUUGCCUAGUGUAAGAUGCCACUUAUUUAUUUUAGGUUCAUUUCUAUAUUGAAAAUAUUUUUAACUGGAAUGUUUGAAUUCCAAUUAAUUUUACUUUAGCAUUAUGUUUGUGAUACUAAAACGUUAUGUUGGAUAUAAAGAAGGAUUUCAGAGAACAAAAUGAAAUAAUUGCUGCUUUUCCCUAUUUAUGUAAUGGAUUUUGCAUAUAAGUGUAGAGCUAAAUUGAAGGACAGGCCAGUGGUCUGUGUACUUGUGUGUAGGUCAAUUUAAAUGUGCUUAAUGAUUUCCAAUUCUCUUUCCGCAAGGGUGUUGAUGUGUGAUCGCAAAUAAAACUGUCUUUGUUGAAUGUUAGUUGUUGGGAAUGGACCUGAACCCUGAAUGCUUUUACUGAAUAUUCAGCCGAGCUGGGAGCUAACACUGUUGCCUUUUCACAAUAACAUCUGUGAUGGAGCUCUCAUCUGGUCAACAGCAAGUCCAUCCUAUGCUGAUUCCACACUGUGCAAAUUGUUACUGUUUGCGUUUUGUGUCAUGUGUUGUGAGUGUGAGGGAUUGUACAUUAGGUGUUUGUCAGCGUCAUGUGAGAUGUGUGUUAAUUCUUGAUUGCAUGUGACUGGGUGUAUUUUUGGAUGCUUCACGCGGUGUUUAGUCAUCAAGGUUCCAUUAUAGCCAGUUUUGUUGGAAGGAUUUCAGAGAGAAUGCUCUCUUAUGGCUGAUCAUUCCGUAGUGCUGGGCAAGAUUAAAAUCAGACUAGCAAAAUACAUUUUUAUUACUUCUGCUUUCCUGCUGGGUCUGUUUUACCCAAAAUAAUCUGCUAGAUGUAAAUUCUUUAUUUCCAUCACACAGGAUUCCUUACUGGUGCUUGUUGUGGAGCGCCUGUUUGAUUUGUUAUAUUUGGAGGACUCAGGCUACAGCCCUUUGAUAUGCUGUGAUUGUCUCAGAUGCCGCUAAUGCUAAAGAAAUAUUUUUGCAAGGUUUGUGCAGUCCAAGCAUUAGGCUUCUGCGCAAGUGUAAAAUAAUGAUUGUUCAUAUUAUGCUAAAAGAAAUGCACAUUUGUAGGAUACUUUUUUGAAUAUUCUACUUUACAUCAUUUUAGUUUAUAUUAUAACUCACAAUUAUAAUAACACGUGAAAAAACUACUUAACAGAAUUUGCAUGCACAAUAUUGUCAAUUUUUACAUUUAAAUGAUUUUUAAUCAUAUGAUUUACACUGGCCAUUGUCAUGAUAAUAGCAAAUUGUUUUGAGGUUCAUAUCAGCAUUUACUGUCCAAUAUGUUGCGACAUGAGUAGUCUUAAUUCAUCCAACUUGUAUUUCAGCUAUUUACCAUGCCCUCUACCAAACAGCAAGCCCCUGUCUUCUCAGUUAGUGCUAUUGUUCAUUGCUGGCUUUGCUAGCUGAUGAACUAUUUGAGCCACUUGUAAUAGCAUUCUCUGUGUCUUAUGGAACCUUAUGAACUUGGAUUUUCAACCAUAUAAACAUUGUGUCUUUCACUUUCUCCAUACUUUGCAUAAAGUUCAUGUUUGAAGAGUAA